AUGGCGGAUCGUUUCCCUUCAUUGGAGGACUUCUCUGCAGGCCAGACCGAAGUUGUUGAGACCAACGGUGCCUCAGAUGAAAAUGACUUCCUAGCUCGCGAACGUGCUAUGCUCGGUGAUGAUGCAGAACAAUUUGCGACUCCCCAAGAUCAUGUCGCCGACGACAUAAACAAUGACGACGACUUGCUGGGAGGUGCGGAUGCCGCCCCGUCCGCGGGUGGUGCUGAGCCUCAGGAGAUCGCUGGAUUCGAGUCUUCCUUCCCUGCUCUCGACACACAAAACGAGCAAGUUGCUCCUGGCGGCACAAUCACUGGGUCGGGUGCCCCCUUUCCACCCACCGGGUAUUCCAACUACACCUCUCAAGCCCCGGAGGAGGAGCCAGAGCCCGUCAGGGAAUGGCGUGAGCGGCGAGAUGCGGACAUUCAGCGCCGUGCGGAGAUCUCGGAGGAGAAGAAGGAAGCUACCAUAAAGAAGGCGCGCGAGGAUAUUGACGACUUUUAUGUCUCAUACAACAACAAGACCGACAAGCUUCGUGCCCAGACUCGCGCUGAGGCAGAUCAGUUCCUGUCCAACCGGGAGGACACUUCUUCGGGAGGUACUAGCUGGGAACGCAUCGCGAAGCUUGUCGAUGUCUCCGGAAAGGGAACCAAGGGUGGUGCCAGCGGCUCCGGCAAGGAGCGCUUCCGAGAGUUGCUCCUUGACCUUAAGAAGGACCAGAAUGCCCCUGGUGUCAGCGGCGUUUAA